GCGGCGAGAGAGAGCCGCAGCCUCUCUGGUUCCGGCGGCUCUCCGUGGGUCCUCCCACUAACAGAAGAGUGACACGCCAUUCAAUAGCUGCCUGGCCCUGUGCGCGAAGGAACCACGGCGAGCUGCGAGCCACCCAGGAGAAUCUCGCACCAUCCGGAAAGCAAAGAAAGCCCGUCUGAGGCGCGGAGAGGAGUCUGACGAAGCGCGUUCGACAUGGGGAUCCGAAAAAAGACGAACAAAAACCCGCCGGUGCUGAGCCACGAGUUUGUCAUCCARAACCAUGCAGAUAUUGUUUCCUGUGUUGCUAUGGUGUUCCUGCUCGGGCUGAUGUUUGAGGUCACCUCAAAGUUUGCAGUAAUAUUCAUUACUGUCCAGUACAAUGUGACCAUCUCAAAUAAUGAAGGCCCAGAGGAGACGGCGGUGAACCACUUCCACCACGGCAUCAAAGACUUGGCAACCAUUUUCUUUUACAUGCUGGUGGCCAUCAUCAUGCACGCCAUCAUCCAAGAGUAUGUGUUGGAUAAAAUCAACAGGAAGAAGCACUUCUCUAAAACCAAACACAGCAAGUUUAAUGAGUCGGGCCAGCUCAGCGCCUUCUACUUGUUCUCCUUCGGCUGGGGCACAAGCAUCCUGCUUUCUGAAAACUUCCUGUCCAAUCCCGUCUCUCUGUGGGAGGGUUACCCUCACACUCUGAUGCCGUUCCAAAUGAAAUUUUUCUACAUUUGUCAACUGGGUUACUGGUUACAUGCUCUCCCAGAACUUUAUUUCCAAAAGUCGAAGAAAGAGGAUAUUCCACGCCAGCUUGUGUACAUCUUCCUGUACCUGGUUCACAUCGCUGGCGCCUACAUUCUGAAUCUGAACCGUCUGGGCCUGGUCUUGAUGGUCUCGCACUAUUUCGUUGAGUUCCUGUUCCACGUUUCACGCCUGAUCUACUUCAGCAACGAGAGCAAUCAAAUGGGCUUCACCAUCUGGGCCGUCUUGUUCGUUGUUGGACGGCUGCUCACUCUGUCCCUGUCGGUCCUUACCGUGGGCUUUGGCCUCUCCACAGCUGAGAAGCAAGGCUUCGAUUUGGCUGCAGGGAACUUCAACAUUUUCUUUGUUCGGAUGACCGUCCUGGCAGCCAUUUGYUUCACGCAGGCCUUCAUGAUGUGGAAGUUUAUCAACUUUCAGCUGCGCCGGUGGAGGGAGCACGCCGAGGCUCAGAGCUUGAAAAAGAAACAAGCUCCUACCAAGAGCAAAUCAAAGAAAGACAAAGCCAAUGGAGUAAAUGGAGUGAACUCUCAUGGUGCUGAUUCACCAAGAUCAAGAAAAGAGAAGUCCUCAUAAGAAAAACAAAGAAUAUAUUCCCCCGAGUCAUUUCCCUCUGUCUCCCUCUUUCUCUCUCUAUCUUUCUCACACACACACACACACCUUUCUCAAAGAUCCACCUCUCCUGGGGUCUUCAUGGCCGUGUCCAGCCAGCGGACUCCUCAGCUCCUCAACCCUGAUGUGCGUUUUCAGCUCCCCACACAGGACAGACCUCCCAGCUGGAAUUCCCAGGGCUGUUUAGCUUUAGCUUGUUUGUCCGAGUCUUUGCCCUGCUGUGCCAUCUUGAAUGGGGGGAGAGGAAAAAAAAAAACAAAUUAACUCAAAUAAACUGAAGGAAAGACCUUAUUUAAGAAGUGCCUAUUGAUAUGAAUUGUUUUUGUACAGUGUGUAAUUUUUAAAGAUUUCAGGAACGAUCACUUCACUGUUUGUUUCUCCCACUUCAGGUCGUUUGAAGCUUAAAGGGAGAGUCUGGUCUAUUUUUCUUGCUUUUUUAUUAACUGGUUCUAUCAUAGUCAUUGAGUGGUACAUGAUCAGCUUCGACAUCAGUCAUAUGCCACAAAGUAUGGAGUAAAAGAGCAGAAGUCUUUGCUAGGCUAGGCUAUUGACUUAUUUUUAAUAUUCUAAAACAGCUCUUCCUCUAAUUCUACCUACUCCAGACGCUCCAACUGUUUUCUCUGUGCUCUGACUGAAGUUAUUGCUGAUAAGGUACUAUUUUUUUAUGGCUCUUUGACAGAACAUUGCUUSACAAAUAACCAGGCAAUCGCUGCGUAUCAGAUACUGUGUAUUCCAGUUUGUUUUCUCCUCCCCUGCCUUGUGUUUGUAACCUUUAGCUCAGCUUCUUUGCAGAUGACACCUGUUUUUAUCUUGGAAGCUAUAUGCAGGUGAUUAUAAAUUCCCGUAUUUUUUUAAAGAGAAGAUUAUCUCGAUCUAUAAGAGAAAAAUAGUCAAAAUCUAACCCACUUACACCACCUCAAACAUAUGCAGACCAUUUAGAAAUAGAAAAAUGCUAUACAAUUUUUUUUUCGUAUUAACUAGAAUGUACAAAGGCAACCAAGGAUAGCAGGAGUCAUGCUGGAAUGCUGUAAGGUACAUUAAUGGCUCAGUAUUGUACAAAACUUCCAGGAGAACAUUAGUAACCUGAUGUAGCAUAAAUGAUAAGAGAUUAGAACAGCUUUAUCACAACAGAACACAUUUGUCAUGAAUUUACAUGGACUCUGUUGCUGACAACUGUAUUCAUAAUGCUGUUAUUGACACUUUGUGCUUUAGUUUUUAUUUGUGGGUCUUUGUAUGAAAUGGAAAUGGGCAAAAAAAAACAUCCCUUUAGUGAUUUAGAUUGAAUGAUUGUCUUGUGUAGUKUGGCCUCUUCUAAUGUUUUUAAUGGAGUGGUUUCAUCAUGUGUUUGGUCCUGAGAUUACUGCUUAGCUUAAAGUCCAAAAUAAUGAUUUAUUGUAAAAGCAUCGACUACAAAUGGAAUAUAUUUAUAUUUUCUCAUCUCCAUACCCAUUACUGACUGUGCCAAAUGGACCUGGUUGACUGUUGCUGACCAUUUGCCUUUUACUUACACGCCAUAAAGCUACAGAGGCCGAUCGACUGUAUUUAAAAGGUUCAGUUACCCAGGUAACACAAACAUUGUAAAAAUAAAAAUAAAAUGAACCCAUUUAGUCAUUUUA